AAUCAAUAAAAGCCCUAAAACCAAACCCCUCUUUUCACUCAUCCUUCUCUCUAUCUCUUACUCUACUUCAGUGCCCUAAUUAUGCAAUUUUCAGCGUUUUGCUAAAAUCUAGGGUUUUAUUGCUAAUCUCUUUCAUCAAUUUCUUCUGAAAUUUUCUUGCCAAAUUCUCACAAAAAUGGAUGAUGCGUUCGAAGAUGAUCGUGAAAAGGAGACUUGUACUCUCAAUGAGUACCUCGAUGACCUCGAAGAACGCGAGAUGGAAGCUGAAAUGGUUUUGGGUGGUGAUGAUGGAGACGAGUGUACAUACUCGAAAGGUUAUUUGAAAAGGCAAGCUAUAUUUUCAUGUUUGACAUGCACUCCUGAAGGAAAUGCUGGAUUUUGCACCGCAUGUAGCCUGUCUUGCCAUGAAGGACAUGAGAUUGUGGAGCUGUGGACCAAGAGAAACUUUAGGUGUGAUUGUGGAAAUUCUAAGUUUGGAAACUUCAUCUGUAAGCUUCAGCCAAGUAAGGACAUAGAGAAUGCGGAAAAUUCGUACAACCAUAACUUCAAAGGUACAUAUUGCACUUGUGAUCGCCCUUAUCCGGAUCCAAGUGUUGAAGAGGAAGAAGAAAUGGUACAGUGCUGUGUAUGUGAGGACUGGUAUCACAGGGAGCAUCUUGGCCUUGAGUCCUCUGAAAAGAUCCCUGUGGACGAGGAAGGGGAGGCUUUAUAUGAGGAUCUUAUUUGCUCAGGUUGCUCAGCUACUUGUUCAUUCUUAGCCUUUUAUCCCCAGAACGUUGCUCCUAAGAAGCAUGAAGCGGUUACAAACGAUGAAAAAGGGAAAGGCAUACUAGAAGAGGCUUCGCCUACCUGUGAUAGUACUGGCAAGAUCAAUGAUAAUAGCUGCGACCACUUGAAACCAUGCAAUGGUGGUGAUAUCAAGCCUGAGAAUGUAUCUGGUGAAGAAAAGUUGGUUUCUGCAGAAGUGUCUGAGAAAGCUUUGAGCUUGAAAAAAUGCAGUGAAGAUGGAAGCUCAGGUAAUUCUUGUCAGCUUGGCUUUGACAUUGGGGCUGCACCACCGCCUGCGGAAAGGAACAAGGCUAUAUUUCUUAUAAAGAACUGGAGGGACGCCCUCUGCCGUUGCGAAAAAUGUUCCGAUUUCUACAAACAGAAGUGUGUUAGUUUUCUGCUUGACAAGGAUGAUUCAAUUGCGGAGUAUGAGAAGAGGGCACAGCAAAGAAGGGAAGAAAGACUGCAGAAACUGGAGGGUGCUUCAUCAAACAUGUUCGACAACCUUGGUCAUGUGGAGAAAGUGGAGAUUAUUAGUGGUAUUGCGGAGAUGAAAAAUGAGAUGGAAACCUUUUUUGCAAAUCGCGAUGCAUCUCAAGCAGUGACAUCUGCUGAUAUUUAUGAACUCUUUGACAAUCUCAAAAGGAAACGCCGCCGCGAAAUGUAAGAAACGUCGUAGAUCUCUGUAAGUUUGAUGUUAAGUUAUGCUCUAGCUUACUUGUGAGACCUCUGAACCAUUCUCAGUGUUUGGACAAUGUUUAGAUGUUCCAGUUUGUGUUCACUUUCUUUUUCUGUACCUUGAUUCCUCAUCAUGUUAUGUAUAAUGGCAUUUUCAUGUUUGGUAUUUUAUUCAGGAAGUCAUAAGUUUAGAUGCAUCUCCCUUCCAACCCCCCCACAAUCUCUUCUCUCAGAUGUUGUCAUAUCCGAUUUGUUGUGGAAUUCUAAGGUUUCCUGUACAUGUAAGCAAGAAGUUAGGUGGAAA